UCUUAUGUCGAUCACUUAGAAACUAGAUGAAGUAACAAUAUUUUUUUACAGAUGCACUUGUCGGCAAAGGUUGUCGUUUGAAUCAAGAGUCCGAUAAAUUUUAGAACUUUCUCCUUAAUUAUUAUCGUUCGCUUUAACUUUUGUUGAUGUAUUUUUAAAUUAAUAAGAGGUUACGUGAUUUAUAAAAACGGGACCGCACAAUGCGUUUUUGCAUUUAAAUGAUACGGACGGCAGACGAAAUGUCGCGAUUUGGAGGAAACGAAAGGAUCCUGAAGAAAGUUUUUCUAAAGGAAUUUUUCAAACACGGCUCGAACUGAUUUUUCUUGGUUUAACCUAUUCAAUUUGCCGAACAUAAAUAAACGACGAGAUCCUCGGAAUAUUGAAUUCGAAAUUCGUGCUACUAGAAAGAAAACCAAGAGCAUUGUUCAAUCUAUUAUGAAUCAGAAUGAGAAACGAUCAAUAAUUGAUAAUAACAUUUCUGGUGAUCAUUCUCGUAAGUCUCGAAGACCUUGUCAUUCUGCAAUACUGGAAAAAGAAUGUACAGAAACCGUUUUAGAAAAUCAUGAAAACCAGCGUAGGCGGUCAAGAAGAAAGAAAGAAUCACAGAGGCAUAGUGCACAAAAUGAAACAAAAUAUUCGAUUCAUAAAGUUUCUGAUAAUUGUCACUGUCGUGCAGGAUCGAUUGUGCAAAAUCCACAAGUAUCCUCAGCGAAGAAAGUCGUUCAUCGUGUAAACGUCAGUAGUAGUAAAAGUUUGGAUAAAAUCGAUGAGACAGUAAAAAAUACAAAACGACAUAAACAUAGUAUUCAUCGCAUUAAUUUACAAAAAGAGGAUUCUGUGUUUACCUAUCGCGAUAAAGAUAUUUUUAGAAAAUGCAAAGAUCGCCAAAGACAUAAAGAAUGUCGAAACUGUGAGAAAAGUUAUCCUCGUAAAGAAAAACGCAAUGCAAAUAUUUCGCAAACAAAGAGAUAUGAAAAAUACAAAAAUUUGUCGAGUUCCACGUCGACGGAUUCCGGCGUUAAAAAUCCUACUGAUUGUAAAUGUAAAAACUGCAUUUAUACUUUAAAGGAAGAUCACAGUAAAAGAUCGAAAUAUAGUUUUGUCCAUGAAAAUGAUGGAUCAGCACGCACGCGUGUGUUUGUACCGACGAGACGUGUGAGUUGCGUUUCUAAAAAAGACAGUUACAAUGAUGGAAGAAAAGCACGAUUAAAAAAUGCUGGUGUAAAAUCUGUCAAUAAUGAUAAGUCAUCUGAAUCUAAAUUUCAUAACAACAUUGAGUCUAAAUAUAAUCUAAAUAACAGUAAUCGCACACUUAAUUCCAGAAAGCAAAAUAAAAAUAGUAUAAUGGUAAAUUUAUAUCCAAUAGAAUCUAACGAUGAAUCAAGUGACAAACAACGUGUAAGAAUUUGUGGCAAUAAUGGAGAUUGCAAAAUUGUUAAUAACGAUUGCGCAACUGUAAAUGAAAAUAUUGUCAAAAAUAUCUUCAUCGAAUCUGAAAUGUUUCCUGAUAAAAUUAUAUCAAAUUCCAGAACUAGUAAGUUACCAGAAAUUAAGGAAACUGCCGUAAACGAACAAGAUCAAUCUAUAUGGAUAGUGCAGAAUGAUAAUGAAAGGAAAUCAGUAGAAAAACAGAACAAAUUUGAACCAAUAAAAAGUUCACAACGGAUUUCACUAGAAAAUAAUACCGAUUUAAAAAAAAGUAUAUAUAACGAUGCAAGUACACAGUACGAGGAGAGUACAAUAACAGCCGGCGAUACUAAAUUAUCUGAUACAAGUGGUAAUACUUUGGAAUUAAAUGACAAAGUAUAUCUUCAGUGUAAAACUAUUGCAGAUGUGAUAAAAACACUUGAUACACUAUCGGAAUCGCAAUAUUCUACUGAGGUGAAAAGAAAAUCAAAAUUUUACGAAUGCUCGAGAAAGUAUGGAUAUUCAAAAAGGAACGAAAAAGCGUUACGUUACGCGAUGGCACGUUACAUCAAGAAAAUCGUUUUAAGUGAAACGAGACACAAAAAUAAGCUUAAGAAUGAAGUGAAAAUAAUAAUAGGGGACAACAAUUCAAAGGCAAAUAAAAUUAAAGUUAUGAACGAACGGCCUGGAGAAGUGAGUAUAAUUUGUUAUAAUGUCAUGGAAUCUGUGUUACCCAUUAAGAAGAAAAAUAUAGUUUUACCAAGAUGGGCAGAAUCGAGCGCUGGCGAAAGUAGUGGUUACAAGUCUCUAAAUAAUUACCAGCCAGAUAUUAAUGGCACAAGAACCAGCUUGGAACUGUUGCAUAAAAAAAAUAUGGAACACGAUGAGAAUCGCGUUAAUGUGAAAGCAGAAGUGGAAAAUGUGAAAUGCUCGUCCGAAGAAGAUCAAAGAAAUUUUGGAGCAAUAAAUACCAGUAGAGAUUUUACUUCGAAAAAAUGCAGUUCAGAUAUGGAUGCACAAUUUUUUAAUGAACACACAAAACAAAGGAAAGAAGCUGGUUAUUUUAUUAUUCCUGUUACACAUGCAAGGGAUCAAUGCACAGCAGAAUUUUCUAAUGAAACUAAACAAAUCAAACGAGAAACUAUUGCAAUUUGCAAAAAUCAUACAUUUCUCAACGCAAAGCACGAUAGUAAUAUGAAAUGUGAUAACGACCAAAUAGCAAAGCACAAUGUACAUCCCUGGCUUCGUAAAUAUAUUCAUACACCAAAUUUACAAUACAGUGUGCAGAAUGAUGGACUGUUGACUGCUCGAAAGGAAAAAGAGUCAACGAAGGAGGAAAAUCGUUGCUUGGAUGCACUGUAUGCACUUUGGACAAAUAUGAGAGAUGGAGUAAAUAGUACGGAUGAUGAAUCGAUCUCUUCAAAAAAUUCGAAAACUCCUGACAUCCCAUCGAAUAACAUACUCGCACAAUUACCAAGACCACCUGUAUCCUUUUUAACGAAGUUUCCGUCGUUUGAAAACACUGACUUCGACUUCACGGAUGGUGACGUAAGUGUGUUGAAUGAGGAUAUAUCGAGAGUUGAAUCUACAGUUACGACUGAAAUAUCGAUUUUGUCAGGAACUGGAUUAUCACAUACUGAUCAGCAGACUAACGAUUUUGCAGACAACUUUCCUAAUCAGAAAUUGUGUCACGUAUCUAACAAUACUUCUAUUUAUCCUCCGCCGCCAUCUUUUUUGCCUAUUCCUUAUUCUUUAUGUUGUGUUCCAAAGCGUCGAGGUAACGACUCAUUUAAUGAUUAUAAAGAACCUCCACCAGCAUGUAGCGUUCCCGUACCUGAAACUUGGAAAGAACCGUCAGCCAUAAAAUCUCACUCCACGAGCUUUUCGAUCUUACGUUUUAGAAAAAGAGGAAAGUCUGUAAAUCUAGAAAACUCAGUGGAAAUUAACGUCAAUGAUCCUUGUCGGUUGAACAGACUAACAAAAAAUGAAACGAAGACAAAGAAAACCUCUCGGAAUCCGUUUAGAAUAUUUUUUCGUAGAAAAGAGGAUGAAAUCGAUGAUACAAACAGAUAAUAAAAUUGAGUUAAAGAAUAGAUCUGUAUCAAUCAGUGAAGUUGCGAAUGUAAUUUUUUCCUUAUAUAUGAUGUUUCUUCUUGAAUUAAUAAAAUUAUGUAAAAGAAAAAUUGUCAUUA